AUGGCGUUAGACCCUAAAUCUGCGGCUGUUGAUGCCGUGCAGGAGGCUGCCAUCUCCAAGGUUCCAACGAAUGAUAAUACUCCACGCACGAGAUGGGAGAAGGUCCAGGAAGUGAUCUGGGACGGAGGUCAUAGGACCAAAGAAGAGAGAAAGUUGAUCCAGAAGCUCGAUUGGUAUAUCAUGAGCUGGGCGACGUUUGGAUACUUUGUCCGAUUAUUGGAUUCGUCCAACAUCACCAAUGCCUAUGUUAGCGGUAUGAAGGAGGACCUGCAUUUUCAUGGCAGGGAAUACAAUCUUCUCUCGACUUACUUCACUUGCGGGUACCUCGUUGGCCAGAUCCCGUCUCAGUUCUUACUCACAAGAGUUCGGCCUUCUCUCUAUCUGCCAAUCGUUGAGCUUCUGUGGUCUAUCUUGACAUUCUGUUUCGCGGCCGUACCAAAUGUAAAGACGGUAUUCGCCCUCAGGUUCCUUUUGGGAAUGCUAGAAAGUCCGUUCGCAGUUGGUGUAUUGACCCUGAUGGGAAGCUGGUAUACGCCUAGAGAGCUUAGCAAGCGCAUCGCCAUAUUUUAUUCCGCCAGUUAUGCGGCCAGCAUGUUCAGCGGUUACCUCCAAGCCGGAAUAUAUCGAGGAAUGAACGGGACAGCUGGGCUAGCGGGAUGGCGAUGGUUGUUCAUUUUCUGUGGCAUUAUCUCCAUCUGGGAUCCGAUAUGGGGAUUUUUCGCUAUACCGGACAAUCCUUACUCUACUCGGGCAAAAUGGAUGCGUCCCGAGGAGCGUGAGCUACACGUUGCUCGAAUGUCGAAGAUUGAACGGAGGAAACCGGUGCCGCUGUCGUGGGCGAAAGUAAAGAAGAUCCUGACCCAUUGGCCGAUCUAUGUCUUCACAUUCACUCUCAUAAAUCACUGCGUGGUUACUCAGCCUCUCAACUACUUCUCGGUUUGGCUAAAAUCCCUCGAUCGUUUUAGCGUGUAUCAGAUAAAUCUCUUCCCAACGGCAGGACAAGCCGUUGGUCUCGUCUUCACCUUAGGGUACGCGUGGAUAUCUGACGGCAUUGGAAAAAGAUGGCAGGUCUUGGUUGUACCAGCUGUCUUGAACUUUGUCGGUAUGGUGACUGUUGCAUCACAACCAGGUUAUGGCGCGACCUUUUUCGGAUAUCUCAUUAACGCUGCUUCUUGGGGUUUCUGGCCAGUCCUAUACGCUUGGGCGAUUGAGAUCAUGCACAACGACAUGGAAGAGCGAGCGAUCGUUAUUGGUGUGGCGCAGACAUUUGGUCAAGCCUUCAUCGCUUGGGUGCCUCUUCUCAUCCUCGAUGUUGGCAAAUAUGCCCCUAAGUUCCACCUGGGCUUCAGCGUGAUGAGCGGAUUGAGUAUUCUAGAGUUUAGCAGUAUUUUCAUCAUCCGGUAUUUCGCUAAACGUGAAGAGGCCGCAGAGAAGGCAUUGGAAGACACGAGCGAUGCUGAAGAAGUGCCAUCAGUGGUAGGCAAGCUGGAAGUCAAUUGAAAAGAGACUAGGGAAACGCGUUAGCACGAGGGGAACGCGCUUCGUAAGCUAGUCUCAAAGUAGACCGGCUGAAUGUGACACCAGACACAAAGAGGGAAGUCUAAUUGUGACAUAUAUGAUAGUUGCUAUUGGGUUUCU